AAUUUCAAUUCACUAGCGAAGAAGAAGACAUUCAGAGAUCAAAAAUGAGUUUUAGGGUUAUUGUCCAAUAGCAAAGGGAAAAUUUCUUGAUGCUGAAGUGCUGCAGGAACUUGGCUCAAAGUAUAACAAGACUCCAGCUCAAAUAUGUCUCAGAUGGUCGCUUGAGCAUGGUGUUCCUAUUAUCCCGAAAAGCAAAGAGAAACAUCGAAUUGCCGAAAAUAGGAAUGUCUUUGACUUUUCCUUGAAUGUCGACGACAUGAAAAUGUUAGCAAAGCUGCAACAAUGUCCAAAGAAGCUCGUUCGUUUCGAAGACUUGCCGAACAAAUUCGAUCUGCCUGAUGGUUACAAACUGAAUGGACGAGUGUUCGGUGUUCCGGACGAGCUGAUUUCCGCGGAGAAUAUGGCGGUUGUUAAUGGAGUUCCUCUAGUCAAAACGUUUACUGAUUAG